CAUACUCCCCUCCCCAUCUUGCAUUGCACACUAACUCAGAAGCACUCAAAAGUAAACACUCAAAACACUUGGUAUUAAUUUGUUCUUCUUAUUCUUCAAUUUGUUGUGCCUCUAGUUCUUGUUUCUAAGCUAAGAAUAUGUCUGGGGUUUGGGUUUUCAAGAACGGUGUGGUGAGGCUGGUGGAGAACCCUGGCUCAGAGCGCAAGGUGUUGGUUCACACUGCAAGCAACGAAAUCAUCACUUCCUAUGCAGUGUUGGAGCACAAGCUUAGCUCACUGGGGUGGGAGCGUUACUAUGAUGACCCUGAUUUGCUUCAGUUCCACAAACGCUCCACCGUGCACCUAAUUUCUCUCCCAAGGGAUUUCAACAAGUUCAGGUCCAUGCACAUGUAUGACAUAGUUGUCAAGAACAAGAACUACUUCGAAGUUAGGGAUAUGUAAUAAGGAUUUGUGGAAAAAACUAUGCAUGGCCCAAAUUGGGCAGGGUAUGUAUAACCUUCUUGAUGUGUCUCACUCGAUUUGUGUCAACCCUACAAAAUUUAAUUCUUGGGAGAGCAAUUUUCUUUCUUAAUUUUUUCUUCUGAUUUUUAUAUCUACAUGUAAUGUUGGUUUGAUUUUGUAUUUGUGGCCGUGGGGGGUGGGUGUCUGUGUCUAAAUGAUGGGGACAUUAAUUUGUGUAAUUUGUAUAUGAGUUUGUGGCAUGAUUAAUAUGUAUGCAUAGAGUUACGGUCUGAUCGGUCGGAGAAUAUUGGUGAUCAAGCCUGAGGAGUGGAUGUGAUCAUUUGUGUGUCGUGAUUGUAAAUUAAUCUUUGUAAUCAUUCUAAUCAAAGUUGUGUUUUUCUAUACA